AAAUAAGAUUCGGGGAUUGCUACCGAAACCGUCUAUGUCGGGCGAACUUUGUGUAAUUUCUGCUUUUUCGCUGUUGAAAGCCUUUUAGGCUUCAAAGCGCGGCAAAAAUGGUGGAAAAUGGCUAUGAGAACACGAAACUGAUUCACCACGAGCUGAAAAACGGUACAGAUUUCGUACAGUUGCUGUAGCGAAGUUAAAAUAGUCGGGCAUUUUGGUGGUCUGAACAUAAACAAUUUACUGGUGACGAUCAGUUCUGCAUAACUUUUUGUUUUUCCCGUAGCUAAUUUGACAGCUCAUGAAGACGAAAAGGUUGGACUGGAGAAUUUUGAGCUUCUCAAAGUUCUUGGAACGGGAGGUAAGGAACACCCGAUUUAGUUUCAUUCUUUGAGGGAUCCUGUUCUGCGCAAAACCUGCGUAAACUCAACUUGCUUGAGUUUUCGUGCUCAACCCCUCGAGGAAAUGUUGACUCAAUUUUUUUUCUCACGUACAGCAUAUGGAAAAGUUUUUCUCGUUCGUAAAAGAGGUGGCUACUUCACCGGGAACCUAUACGCCAUGAAAGUGCUGAAAAAGGCUACGAUCGUUCAGAAAGCGAAGACAGCUGAACAUACUCGCACUGAGCGACAAGUCCUGGAAGCAGUUCGCCGGUGUCCAUUUCUUGUCACAUUACACUGGGCUUUUCAAACAGAAUCAAAACUACAUUUGAUAAUGGGUAAGUUUAAUGUCAUUUGUGUAAGUUUCUCUUCGCUUUUUUAGAAGUCUGAAGAAACCCUUCAUAUCGAGCAAGCGAAAUCACGACUUGAGGAAUCAUUUCCGUCAGGUUUAGAAUUUCGUACAAUCUUCAAAUCGUGUUUUUUUAUUUAGCAAUGUCACGUUUCUAGAAUGGUUCGUGAGUUUGGCGUAUUUCUCUGCGAAACUUCCGUGCUUUAGGUUUCGUUUUUAAAUAGGCCUUGUAAAGACUUGAUUCAAUAUCGAAAUAUUAGUAAGCUCAAAUCUUCUUCUAAGUUUCAUUUAAUACAAUCAUGAUAUUUGUUAUUAUUGUGAAUCUCGCAGAUUAUGUGAAUGGAGGCGAACUUUUCACCCACUUGUAUCAACGAGAGAAGUUCACAGAAGACGAAGUUAGAAUAUACAUUGGAGAAAUUAUUAUUGCUAUCGAACAUCUUCAUAGGGUGAGUAAAACGUUUUAUUUAGACUCUUUUUGUCCGGUUUUCGACAAAACCUGUCGGAUUUUACGCCUAAUUAGAUCUCCUCAGCUUCAUUGGUCAGAGUUUACAAGGGAUAUAAAUAAAAAUAAACAAGGUCCAAAAUUGGUGGCUAUAAUCGUGUAUUUUUACGUCCAUAUUCUUCAAAUUUGGUUGUUUGUGUGGGGCAUUUUUAUUCAGGAGAGUAAACAUUGAACGUACACUCUCUGAAAACUCUGACAGAUUGCGCAAUGUUUCUCUUUCUGCAUUAUUUUAUUGCACGCAAUCUAUCUAAACAGUAGUUUAGGAAGGUGACCAUGCAAACAACUCGUUGACGAGAUAAACUAAUUUUUGCUUUCAGCUCGGUAUAAUUUACCGCGACAUCAAAUUAGAGAACAUCUUAUUGGACUCUGAUGGGCAUGUGGUGAUCACAGACUUUGGGCUGAGCAAGGAGUUUUCAGCGCCUAACUCGGUAAGCACAACAUAUUUGGUGUGUUGCAGUUUUCUACCAGUCAAGUAACUUUGGGAAUCGAAUUUUUUAUUAAUUGUUUUUAGGGCGAGAGAGCUUAUUCAUUCUGUGGAACAAUUGAGUACAUGGCCCCUGAAGUUGUCAAAGGUGGUAGUAGAGGGCAUGAUAAGGUACAACACAGAUCGAAUAAAAUAUUGAAAUAAAUGUUGUUUUUUUUUUUGUCGAAGUGAGCAAUUUAGAUUAAAAAGAUGGAGUUGAUUCUGGUGGGCAGAUGUAUGUUUUGGGCCCAAUUUAGCCUGCAAAUUUGUCACAAUGUGUGAUAAAGUGAUGAUAAAUGUUAUUCAAAUUGUGGUGGACAUGAAAUAUUUUAAAUUAAAAAAAGCUUCAAUCAGCACAAAAAUCCUAUUUGCACUUCCUUUGUCCUUAGUGCUCUGCUUGCAAAUUAUGUUAUAAUGUGCAACAGAGUGAUCAAAACAAUAAUUUGAAAUAUGGUAGACAUGAAAUAUUACUGUAGAUUACAAAAAAGUUUCAAUUAGGACAAAAAUCCCACCAUCACUUACUUGGUCCUCCAUGUUGUGCUUGUGAAUCUCAUCAUCACACUCACUACCUCAAAGGAAAUAGAGGUCAAUGUAAACAGUGCAUUUACAGAGUCCUUAAUCUUCUCCAUUACUCUAGUCUCUUUUGAAGAGUAACAUAAUUAAAAAAUAACUUUGUUUGCUCUUAAAUAUUACCCAUUUUUUCUUUUCUUUAUCCUUACAGGCAGUGGACUGGUGGAGUCUGGGUGUUCUCAUGUAUGAAUUGCUCACGGGAGCCUCACCUUUUACUGUUGAUGGCGAGAAAAAUAGUCAGUCUGAGAUUUCUAAGUAAGUAUAAUAUGUGGCUGACUGUAUUAAUUGAUGCUUCAAAUUAUGAUUCAGUUACUCAAAGAAAUGAUCUCCUGGUAACCACAGCAUAUUGUUCAUAUAUGUCAAUGUUUGCUCCAAAAUAUGGGAGGAGGAGGGGGGAGAGGGUGGGUAGAACUCUUUGAGGCUUACUUUACCCAUUUCACUCCCAAUUCCCCUUACUGGCUGCUGUACAAGUCUUAUGAUUUUAAUUGUGAUAAUUUGUCACUGGAUCAACUGAUAAUUGCCUAAUUGAUAUUUCUUGUUAUUCUCAUCACUUGUCUGCUUGAAAUUGUAUGGAUAUUGUAGGGAGAAAUUCUGUCCUGGUCAAUCAAUGCGUGAAAGGGUUAAGUAUACUGGAGUGCCUAAUCCAAAUCCCCUAUUGCUCCAAUAAUUAACCCUAAUAAUAAUUAACAUCAGUAUGCAUUUUCUCUCUACUAUUCUCUACACAUUUCCUAAGGCACUGACAAGAAGAAUAUGUGUAAGAAUCAAGAGCUCCCGUUUUUGGUGAUCAUUUAUUUUAUUCUUGUGACCUUAAUUUGUGAUGUGGGGGUGAUAUUGUAAGGAGAAAUUAGAUGCUAGUCACUCUCAGGGAUCAUAUCAUGAUUUGAUCAGAUCAAAGGGUUUACAAAGCUACGGCAAAUGUGCUGUGUAACUAUGUUAGAAAAAGCCAUAUGGUACUCCCAUGUGAGAUGAGACUAGAUUUUUUAACUCUAGAAUUUCUUUACUCUGUAGACGAAUUCUGUAUAACAACCCGCCCAUGCCAGCAGACAUUUCAGGAGAUGUUGUGGAUUUACUUCUGAAGCUUUUGCAGAAAGAUCCAAAAGUGCGACUUGGAGCAAAGGGAGCCCAAGACAUAAAGGAUCAUCCUUUCUUCAAGGUUGAUGUAAUGCAAAAUAUUUUCCGUAAAUGUUUCGUUAUAGCUUCGAUUAAUUUGUUCAGAGGUUUCCAAAAAGGUUCCUGGCAACCAAUCAUUUGAAUCAUUUAUUAUGGGGCCUUUCCCCUGACUAACUCUGUCACCAAAGCAACAUGACAGUCACUUCUCUAUGCCUGUAACUCUACAGUAAACUCAUUUAUUUCAUUCCUUUCAAACUAGCUGCCUGGACAGUGGCACCAUUAUGAGAAAAAAAAUUGUGCAUGAGUUAUGCCAAUUAAAAACAGUCGUUAGUGAUGAAAGUACUUUCUGAUUGGCUACUCAAACUUUACAUAUCCUUUGCUUUUCACCUCUGAGCAAUGUGCACAUGAUUUGUGCCUGAAAAUGUUGUAAUUGUAAAUCAGUUAAAAUCAUCUUUUUGUGCUGUAUUAAUGUUAUCUCACUGUCUUAGUAUUUACUAAAAACAAUUGUUCACCUCAGUGUUGGUGGCCAGUGGCAGAUAUUUACCUCGCUGCUUUGUGGCUUGGGAAAUAUCCACUUUUAGCGACCUCAACUUUACUGAAAAGUUCUUUAUUAUUUACUUGCUUUCAUCAUUGAAUUAAUUUAAGGCAAUUGAUUGGGGGCUGCUGGCUGAGAGGAAGAUUGCUGCUCCCUUUAAACCUCGCAUUGGAUUUGAAACUGAUGUGAGUAACUUUGCAGAAGAAUUCACAGACAUGGUCCCCACAUAUUCACCAGCAGCCAUACCUAAGACUGCGGAUAGAAUUUUCAAGGUAAGACAGAUAGCAAGGCUGUCACAAAGUUUUGAAGCAGCCAUUGAAUGGGAAAUAACCUGUGUAACUUUGUAAUACAUGCCCAGGUGUAACUAAACAGUGAUUGACCUCUUCACUCACAACAUCAAGGAUACUCAGCUGUAACAGGUGUUACAGCUCACAGCCCUUAGUGAUAGCCCUGGAUAGGUCACUAUUUGGACAGUCUUAAAUUGUAUGGUCUGUCUUUUAAUAUGCCUUUGAUGAUUUAAAAAUGGUCAAUUUUAAAAUGUAAUUCCAUAAAUUAGGUAUAAAAAUUUGGGAUACUUUCUUGCCAAUAAAGAUAACAAUUUUUUUUUUUCAAUCUGUGUCAGAGUUUUCCAUUGGUGUAAUUAUUUUGUAGUUAAUAUCUUGGUGUACUUUGUAGAAGAUUAUCAACAUUACACUACACUGUGGCAAAAUUGUACAAAACAAGUAAAAUUUUAUUGUUACAUUCUACUUUUAAUAUUUUUUUGUCCAGGGUUAUUCAUUUGUAGCACCCUCAAUAAUAUUUGGAGAAAAUGAAUUUACCAAGCGUCUGGUGGCAAACAAACCCUCAGAGCACAGACCAGCUCCAGGUGCUGUAGAUUAUGCAGCUUUAUUUGAGGUAACAAUUCAUUUGUAUAAUCAUGUAGAUUAAAAUGAUUUUAGACAGUUUAUUUUCAGUAAUUGGUUCUCCUAGGAGAGAAAUAUUCAUGAUUUAACAGUGUCAUAAUUUGGCAAACUGAUCUCUCUAUCAAAUCACUAAGAAUACUCUUUCAUUUAAUGAGAUUUUUUCUACUGGUUAUUGCAGACUUGGUUUCCAUGGAUGCAGAACACUAUGCUCCGAUUUGUAUCUCAUGGCACUAUCAUUGUCUAAUCUUGAUAAAUUUUUUCAUGGUUUUUUUUGUAACUUUUGAAAUAAUGUCACAGUGGUUCUCAUUUGAAAAUUUUAUGGUCAUUCUUUUUUUCAGGAUUCUCCUUUUUUUCGAAACUAUGCUAUUAGUGAUGAAGUUCUUGGUGAUGGAAGUUUUUCAACUUGUAGGUAAUGUCACACUGGGUUCCUUGCUACAUUGAUUGCAAUCUUUGAAAAGAAAAGCCUGAGCAUGGGGCUCCAAGCUCAACUAAUUUCAAGCUGCCAUUUAACAACCCAAAGUGACAAAAUUAAAAAGUACUCAUUGGCCACCAUUUUUGUUCUGCAAUUGAGAAAUAUAGCUGUCAAGUUUUCUUCAGACCAGAAACAUGAAGUAACAGAUCUAAUCUAAUUUUACUUUUAUCCAGAAGAUUUAGCAAACUAGACAAUUAAGUGUGAAAAAUGUUAUAUUCUGAGCUCAUAUGGAAAUCGUGCCUUUGAGUUUAAAAUGGUGGGCCAUUAAAAAAUAAUAAAAAUAUGAUAUGAUAAAAAAUAUAAAAAUGGAAAUUACACGUAUGUUAGAUUAAUGUUGGUCAGUGUUUUUUUUUUUUUAGAAAAUGUGUCCACAUUAGAACUAGGGUUGCAUAUGCAGUGAAAGUUGUGAGCAGAAGGUGAGUAAAAUCUGGUACUUUUCACAGUGUGUUAGACUCACCUUUAUGCUUUACUUUUUGAUGAUAAAUAAAGUUGUUAUUAUUAUUAUAUUUGGCAUCAGUGAUGGCACAGUAGCUGUGUAGAUUGAUUAUUAUGCAAAAGUGUAUUUUCCUGUUGUGAAACACGUUGAUUAGAGAAACAAGGCUCUUAUGAGGGAUUCACAUCUUAAUUUACUGUGUUUUUGCAGGCGUGAUCAUAUCCGGGAAGAACAGUCUCUAAGAAUCUGUCAAGGUCAUCCUAAUAUUGUGCGACUGCAGGAGGUGUUUCAAGAUGAUGUAAGUGCACUCAUUUAAACUUUGAACUACAAGGAUGUGAUUCAUACUUUUCCCUAUUGACUGUUAUACAUUUCCAGAUCAAGUAAUAUACAGAAUUUGGUCAUUCUUUAGUGGAUAGAUUUGUCCAUCCUCAUCAUGAGUUUUCUACGGCAAACUGGCCAUGUAUGAUUUUGUAAGAGAAGUUAGCAUACAAUGAAAUGUGAAACUACUUCCUUAUGUUUUUAGCAGCAAAACUUUUGACCUGAUUUUGUCAUCUAUGUAUAAAACAAUUUUUUUUUUCAUUUGGAUGAUUUUCUUUAAUUUGCAGUUCCAUACCUAUUUAGUUUUGGAAUUACUUGGAGGUGGAGAGCUCUUGGAAAGAAUACGGAAAAAGAAAAAUUUUUGUGAAGUGGAAGCAAGCAACAUAAUUAGGAAAUUAGCCUCUGCUGUGGAAUUCAUGCAUGGCCGAGGAGUUGUACAUAGAGAUUUAAAACCUGAGGUGUGUGCUUUAACCCUUCAAUCCCUAAGAGUGACAAGGUUCUAAUUUUGCCUCACAACAUCACCCUGGAAUCAAUGUUUUAAGUUACAAGAAUAAAGGAAAUGAUCCACAACUGACAAAGUUCUUGAUGGAUUUACAAAUUCUCCCUGUUAGAACCUAGGUAUAGUAAAGAGAACAGUAUGGAGAAUAUGCAUAAAGAUGUUAGGGUGUAAAGGGUGAACUAUAUCUCAUUCUGUGGUGUUUAUGAAUAAACAGUAGCUUCUACUUGGUGCAAAAAUAUACUCAGAUAUUUGUCUUCAGACUUUAUUCUUUGAUCCUACCUCUAGCUUUUAAACUAGUUAUGAGAAUUUGGGGAAAGAUCAAGAUAAUAACAUCUACUUGAUUAGUUUGAGUAUUCUCAUUACCUGUUCACCAGAUAACUUGAUACAGUAUGGAUGUAACAGGGAGAAGUUUCAUGAUAAUCACUCCUGGGAGGUUCAAAGGAAAUUUCAAAGCAGAAAAACUGUGAAGAGAGUCAUAAAUUUAGUUGUUCCUAACAAUGAUUUUGUUUCUGCACUUGCUUUCUUCAGAACUUACUGUUUGUAGAUAAUUCAGAGGAUGCAGAACUAAAAAUUGUGGACUUUGGCUUUGCAAGACUUAAGCCAGAAAAUCAACCCUUAAGGACGCCUUGCUUCACGGCAGCUUAUGCUGCACCUGAAGUAAUCAGCCAAACUAUGAACAGAAGUGGCUAUGAUGAAUCAUGCGACUUAUGGAGUCUUGGAGUUAUAAUGGUGAGCAGAACAGAAAUUGCUCCUGCCAGGUCUUUUGACUGAUUAAAAGUUUUUUUUUCAGACAGGGUGUCCUGAAGAAUCCUAUUUAAUAUUUAAUAAAUAAUUAUGAUUAUAAAGUUUUACAGGAAAGACAAAUUUUUAGCUGGUAACCCUUUAACUCCCAUGAGUGACCAAGACAGAAUUUCUCCAAUACAUUAUAUAUAACAAUAUCAACCAGAUAAGUGAUGAGAAUAAAGAAAAAUAUCAAUUUAGGGACUGAUAAUUAGUUGAUCCAAUACUAAAUUCUCUGAAAUAACAUUAUAAGAAUUGUAUGAUUGACAGUAAAGAGAAUUUGAAAUUUGAUCUGGGAGUUAAACAGUUAAGCUGCAAAUUUGGUACAGAGUUUUCAUGACCAGAGUUAGUGUAGAUUGGGUGAAGGUUGAUGGAUCUCAUUAAAUGGGCUUUUAGCCACAAUCUAUGAUUUCUUAAGGUGUACUUUAACCCUUUCACCUCCAAGAUCUUUUUUAGUAAUUCUCCUUACAUAAAUGCAGGGCUAGUGCUCAAAACAUCAGCUUAGAAACUCUUUACAUUGGCUAAUUUAUGUAAACUGAUCUACUCAGUUGAUGAUACCAGAUUACCUUGUACUUCUCCUUACUCUCUGUCAUACCAUUUUUACGAUGCUCAUUGGUAUUGGAUCAACUAAUAACCCCCUAAUUAAUAUUUUUCUUUAUUCUCAUAAUUUGUUUGUAUGAUAUUGUAGUGAUUUUGUAAGGAGAAAUUCUAUCUCGGUCACUCAUGGGAGUUAAAGGGUAAAUAAAAGUCGUAACUAUUGUUAUCACUUUGUGUCUGAUUUAUGAAUGAAGUUAUAAGAUACUUUUCAUGUUUUUCACCACAGUACACCAUGUUGUCUGGUCAGGUACCAUUCCAAAGUAGUCGUAGCUUUAGAUCUUCAGAUUUCAUCAUGCAAAGAAUAACACAUGGUGACAUCAGAUUUGAAGGGCAGCAGUGGGAGUCGAUAUCACCAGCUGCAAAAGACCUCAUCAAAGGUUUGAUGUCAGAGUUUAUCAGUUCAUUGAAGCUUGAUCCUCCUAUGCAAGUCAUAAUAUUUUUAUUCAGUUUCUCAGGUAGUCAUUUAUGUAAAUAAUAGUACUAAUUAUAUCUAUCAACUAGCUAGUACAUGUAUUUUGAUUGGUCAAUUUAGUGGGCCGCAUUUCCCUGUUUGCUCCACUCGUUUUCUCUGUCUGUACUGUUAGUUAUGGAACCUUGUUUUUUUUCAAUCAGUCUGUAAACCACAGUAUAUAACUCAAACUUACUUUAAGUAAGAGUUAUUUAUUAACUGAGUUGGCCAUGGGGUACUAGACAGGAAUUAUUUUUCUUGAAGUCAUGAAGUACAGACUGAUUGCAGGGUAGCGAAGGUACACCUGCCAAAUGUUUUCUUCUCUAACCACACCUGCAACUGUAACUUAGUCAACUUAACAAAUAAAUUCCAAGUUGCCGUGGGUCUGUUCAGUAAUAGAUCACAGAUGACAUCAAAAUGGGGUAAGAACAAAAAAGUGGCACACGAGGCGCAGCCGAGUGUGUCACUGAUGUUCUUACCACAUUUUGACAUCCUCUGUGAUCUAUUACUGAACAGAUGCACGGCAACUUGGAAUCUAUUUGUUUUAUAUAAUAAAGAAUUAAAAAAAGUUUUAAUGAUGAUGUCAUCUAUAUGUCUGUCCUCCAAUAGAUCAUAAGUGAGAACCAAUCAGAAUGCGUGCAUAACUGAGCUUAUUAUAUUAAAGUAUUUUGACUCAUGACUACUUCUCUUUUUGCCUUUUGUCUGGCAUUUUUCUAUCCAAUCAUAAUACUAUAGUUAGCUAAAUUUAAUGUGUGUGUGUGUCUCUCUCUCUCCUCUUCAGGGCUUUUAACAGUGGAUCCAAGCAAGAGAUUAAAAAUUAGAGAAGUUGUGAACCACGAGUGGCUUAGGGGUGGUACAUGUCUGCCCCAUACCCCUCUCAUGACCCCAGGAAUUUUGGGCAAAGGACAUAAAAGGACUUACGUGGAGUCUGCAUUAAAUGUAACAUAUGAUGCUUUUAACAGAGCACAUAAGGAGGGAUUUACCUUAAUGGAUGUGCAACAAGCACCACUUGCCAAGAGACGGAAAAAGAACAAGACGACGUCAACAGAGAGUAGGUCUACCACAAGUAGUGAUCUAAGCAACAGUGGAGGAACAUCCCCCUUAUUAAAUCCAAGAUGACACUGGUCACUCAAAUGGUAAAUUUUUUUUGAAUAAUUUCGAACUUGUUACAAAUGGAGAAAAACUGUAGAUAUGGCACACUGUGAGUGAUGCAAAUACCGUGUAAGAAUGAAUGAAUUGCAGUUUGUAUGACUGAUAGUAUAAUUUGUUAAUAAAAUAUUUUAAGAAUGAUAGCAAUAUUAAGUUCACUUGGAAAAUGUAGUUUGAAGGUGGAUGUUAAACAAUUUGCUGUUGUGGUGAGAAUGAAAUUUUAUAAUUUAUUGUGUGAUAUGAGUUUUUGUAGUGCACAAGGUUGCAUUUUAACAAUUUUUUUUUAGAAAACACACUCAAAUAAUUUGCGAUACAUAAUGACAAGAUUUUGGGGUACUUUAUAAUUACUAGUCAGGAAUUGGUUGGGGACACAAAUUUCUUAAAAUUGUAGUGUAUAUAACAGUAAGUUAUUAUUUCUUGUAAUAGGACUGAAAGUAAUGUUGCAAUGGCAUCCAUUGGAAUCCUCAUUAUAAUAGUUAUUAGUAAUACUUGUUCUUAUGACUAUAAAAGCUCUUGUCAAGAUUUUUUUUUCAAAUAAAUGUUUGGGCACACAGUAGAGCAAAAAAUUAUAUAGAGGUAUUGUAGAUGACCUGAAAGUUAUGACUCACCAACUGGUAGAAAUUGCUAGCCUUCUCCCUCUCUUCAGAAGUUCUUGAAAUGGAAUUCUUACCCUUUCCUGCCCAAGGGAAAUGCCAAUUUUUUUCUAAAAUGAGAGUAAUGAACCACUAGAUAUAGACCAUGUAUAAUAUAUCAUUUUAUAUUAGUUUUUUGGGGUGCAUGCUAUAAAGGACACCAACAGAUGUAGAGGAGGUAACUGAAAGACUGUCUGAGAAGUGUCCAAAGUGUAGAAUAAAAAACCUUGACAUUUUUUGUUUGCCUUGUACAUGUAGAGUAUACCACUAAACUACAGGCUAAAUUGCAACCCUCAGAGCAUUGAUUGUGGUGAGAUAUCACCUGAACCAAAACAGUGCAAAGACAAAAAGUUCCAAAAGUUGCAGGAGUGGUAAACCAAGUCUUAUAUUGGAGGGGGCCAUGAUUUUAUGCCUUCAAUGUGCAGAUCUUUCAAUGACCUUUUGGUUGCAAAAAUUUCAGAAAAAAUGAAUAAUGCAUGUAAUGGCAUCCUGUGCUAUAUGGUACUCUUCAGCUGGAAAGGGUUAAGAAACUGAACUGAUGUUAAAAUAAUUGGCAUUCAUAGAUACCCAUCUGAGUGUACAGUGAUCAUAAAAAAUUUCUUUUUUCAACACAUCCUUCUCUCUUUAACUCCUAAGAUCUGAUUGUUAAUUCUCCCUUCUAGCCACCACAUAUUUCCUUGUGAAUUAGUUACGAGAAUUUGAUUUUAGAUCCAAGUAACAACUUAAGCCUAAGCCUAAGUUUCAGUAUAUUUAUUUCCUGUUUGCAAAAUGAUGUUUGAAUAUCAUGAGAAGUCACAUUAAUUUUUAAUGACUUUUGGGGGUUAAAGGGUUAAAAAAGCCCUUAUUUUAUAGCAUGCAAUUUUGAAUUUUUUUUUUAUUUUAAGCUUACUUUCCUAAUAAGCCAUUUUACAGUUGUGUACUUAAUUGCCAAGCCUCUGAUUUGGAGUGAGGCUGAAGGUGACCUUGUGAUAGAGACCAAUAUCUAGUAAGCAUGAUAACAAAGUAAUUAACAUUUGAAAAGCAGCAACAUUUUUAUCACAACAAGGUCAAUCUUAGCAGCCUCACUUCUGUUCAAAGGCAUGGCAGACAAGUUGGCAACUGUUAAAUGGAUUAUUAUUAAUAAUGUCUGCAGUCAAUUUUUGUAAUGAAAAUGUUUCUCUCUUCUGGAGCACCAAGUAGCCAGGGUUUUAGAUAUAUUUGGGUAACCCUACUUUGUUAGUUUUUCUGAUCACCAAAGUGUUCUUUUUUUAUUUGGUAAGGAAUUUGACUUCUAGAAAGUUUCUCAGGGAGUUUCACUUUGAGGUGAUAAUGGGUAAUAUUGGCCUGUUUAUAAUUACUUACCUUGUGCUAACAAACAAGAUCUGUUUUCACAAUCAGUGUCUGUAAAAUAAAUGCUUGCACUCAGUAUUAAUAGCAAAAAUUGAAAUAGGUCUACUGUACUGUAAUUAAACAAUGGUAGUGGUUAAAAUUUUUGUCAUUAGGAACACUAAUAGUAAGUAACACAAGCUUUUUUACAAACUACAUGAAUUGCAAAUUUUGUUUUGUUUUGUUUUGUUUUGUUUUUCAUUACGAGCCUUAAAAGUCUUCCAGAUCUUCAGGAAAAUUGUUUGAAAGGCUGAAAAUCAAGGCAACAUUAUGUCGCAUCACUAGUAAAUAUUAACUGUUAUCGAUAAUACAUAAUGGUCUGCAUUUUUAUGCCAAACGCAUGUUUUUUCCUUUUUGUCAGAAGUGUAGCUAUUUUAAAGGAGUGAGAACAGACAAUGUAAGUAUGAGGAAAGACAAGUAAGGUUGGAAAGAUAAUCGAUGUAAUUACAGGUAGCACAAGUUGACCAGAUUGAAUAAUAAAUGAGGCUUUUAAAAAGUUUCAAAAUGUAGACAGAAUU